CUCUUCCAAUCCCAAACAGAAACACAAUCCUUAAAAAAAACAUAAUAACAAAACAAUGGAGAAGGUUUUCAUCCUAGCAUCAGCCCUCUGCUUCCUAGGCCUGCUCGGCACGGCCAAUGCCGACUCCUUCACCGUCGAAGGCAAGGUCUACUGCGACACCUGCCGCACCCAGUUCAUCACCAAGGUCACCGUGUUCAUGCCAGACGCUGUGGUGCGUCUUGAGUGCAAGGACCGUGAGGGAGGGUCCAUAACCUUCAGUGCGGACGCCAUCACCGACCCGCACGGCGUGUACCACAUACCGGUGCAGGGCGACCACGAGGACGAGAUCUGCGAGGUGUUCCUAGUCAAGUCCUCGAGGCCGGGCUGCGACCAAAUCCCCAAGCCGGAGAAAAACAAGGAGGAUUCGGCUAGGGUCAGCAUCACAAAGAACGAUGGGAUAGUCUCCGGUGUGAGGAGGGUCAGCCCCAUGGGGUUCUUGAUAACCAAGGCUCUGCCUGAGUGCCCCGAGGUCCUCAGGGAGCUCGGUAUCACGCCUCAAGGUCUCGUCCCAUAAGUUUAUAAUUUAUAAGUAAAUAUAAAAAAGAUCGUAUGUCGCAAAAAAAAAUGUUUAUUCAUUUUUUCCGAUUUCAUGUUUAAUUAUGUUUUCAUAUAUGUCGUAAAUUUGUGUUUGUAAAAGGAGGGGGGUUCGGGGUGGUUAAAUGUCGUUGUUGACUCUAUGUUGACUCCUCUGAAUUGAUAUAUGCUCAGUAUAUGUUAAUUCGUUGGGAUAUCCUUGUUUGGUGAUGGUGAAAGUGAUGAUAUAUUGUUGAAACAAAAUCACAUGAAAAAUUAUCCUUAAAUUGAAAUCACAAUGUAAUGCCAAAGAGGGUUUUAUUGUUAUACAAUUGUUAUCGAGCAAGAUUUAAUUAAAAGCACCU